GUCAUUGAGUAUAUUUUUUGUAUUUCAAAUAUUUUUUUAAGUUUCGGGUUUGGGUUUUCGGGUAUAAUUUCAGGUUUUGGAUAAAAAUUUAGAUUUUCAGAAAAUAUAAUUCGGAUAUUCGGGUAUUUUUGUGUUUUCGUGUAUGAAAUUUUCAGGUAUUUUUGCGGUUUUUCGGAUACUUUUAGAAUUUUUGGGUAUUUUUCGAGUUUACGGGUCCAGUUCGGGUAUUUCGGAUAUUUUUCGUGUCUUAAAUACCUGAAACUGACCCGAAUCCAAAAUAUACCUGAUAUUACGGAGAAUUUACGGAUAAUGAAAUUAUAUACCCGGACCGAUCCGGAUCCGAUAAAACCGGACCCGACGGGAUCCGACCCUAACCCAAUCCGAAGAUCUGGAUGCCCAGGCCUAGUCUUGGCAUGUGACAAACCUGAGAAUGGUACUGCGAUUUUUUGAUAUACACUUAAAAGAAUUAAUUUGUCUACAUAUAUUAGUAAAAUACAUUUAGUUUUUAAAAUACAUGGCGCUUAAUAGUCAAACCAGAUUAUUUGUUCUCAAAAGUUUUUAAAGGUCGAUAUUUUCGAAAAACAGAUCCAUUGGAUCCACGCAGAUCUUACUCCAUCGUUUGGCUAUAUAAGUAUCUGUUCAGCUAAAUCUCUGGUUAAGAAAUGGUAAAUCAAAAGAGUGGAAAACGGCCAAUCCAUUUUAGUAGGGAAUGACCCGUGGAUUUCUGCUCCUCGUCCGAGGUCAGCAAUAUCAAAAACUCAACCCCACUUUUUAAACCAUUCUCUAAAGGUGGAACAUCUCAUCAACCCGAAAAAUUUGUCAUGACAUGUGGAUAUGCUUGAUGCAUAUAUACAUCCAGAUGAUGUGAAGAUCGUCAAAGGCUUAGCCAUAAGUCGGAAUCGUAGGCCUGAUUCUUCUGGUUGGCUAUUCACAGAGACCGGUAAAUAUACUGUUAAAUCAGAAUAUAAGAUUGAGUCUCUAUAUCUAGAUAAGAAACAACAAGCGGUUUCUUAUGGUCCGGAUACCAAACCGUUGUUGGCUUUUUCAUCUGGAAACUGAAAUGUUCUCCAGAGUUGCGGCAUUUUAUUUGGCAAGUUAUAUCGGGUAUUAUACCGGUUGCAAAAAAUUUGAAGGCACUGGGUAUUGACUGUGUAUCCGAUGUAGUAUUUGUGGUGCGGAGGAAGAAUCAAUUAAUCAUAUUCAUGUCCACCAGUUUUGCAAACAUAGACUUUGUUGAAAAUUCCUUCUCCUCUUCCCCUCCGUGAAUUUUCGCAAUUCCUUCAUACUAAUAUGGAUUAUCUUUUCUGGAGAUUUUCCAAAGAAUAUGAUUUCAAUACCUUUCUUUAGAUCUUGUGGUAUAUUUUGAAGAAUAAAAAAAUAAGAUUUAUAACAACAAAAAUGGUAACCCACAUAAAAUACUUCAAGAUAGCGAAAGUCAAGGGAAUGGUGUGGGCAGAAGCUCAAUUCCCCCGAAAGAGGCACAGUGUGGAUCUACCAGGCGUUUGAUUGGCAAUCCUUAGGACAUUCCAUAAUCUUUUUUUCUAUGGCGCAUGAAGGGAGCAAGAUAAGUUCUCGAGACAGAGAUGGUUCUGCAGAACUGUAGGUUCAAAUGAGAAGAUGAUGGAGGCAAUAAAUCUCUAAAGAAGCUUUGAUAUGGGCUAUGAAGUGUAUAAAGACCUUAACUUUCUUGCGACAAGGAUUCUCAAUUAGUGAAGAGGUGUCAUCACCCGAAGAAUUGUCAGAUCAGCUGGCUUCACUUUUUUGGAUUGGUUUGGCUUUCCGGGUUGGUUUUUUGCUACCCUAGGUUGACCGGAAAAAAAAAAGUUCUAAUAAAAAAAGGUAAAGAGAUUGGAAACGCAUAGGCAGCUUCACGCCAUGGUGAAUCACUGAUUCGGCAUUAGAGAGAAAAAAAAGGGGAGAAAGAGAUAACUCUUCUUCUUCAUUCCAUCACUGGAUCUCUCUCAUCGUCUUUUCUCCGCAGCAGAGCUAUGGUUUCCCCCACCAAACUCAAAUCCGUUGAUUUCUACAGGAAAAUCCCGAGAGAUUUGACAGAGGCAUCUUUCUCUGGCGCUGGCUUAUCCAUCGUAGCUGCUCUCGUUAUGAUGCUUCUCUUUGGAAUGGAGCUGAGUAGUUAUUUGGAAGUCACCACUACAACAGCUGUCGUUGUUGACAUGAGCUCUGAUGGGGACUUCUUACGCAUUGAUUUCAACAUCAGCUUUCCUGCCCUUUCUUGUGAAUUUGCAUCCCUUGACGUGAGUGACGCGUUAGGAACAAACAGGUUGAAUAUAACAAAAACAGUUCGCAAGUUUCCAAUUGAUCCGCAUUUAAAGACCACCGGUGGAGAGUUCCACUCUGGCCUUGCAUCACAUCACAUCAACCAUGGAGAAGAGAUUAAGCAAGAGUUUCCUGAUGGUGCAAUACAAUUAACCAAUGGUGGUUUUGAAUCAUUGUCACACCACUUUCCAUUAUUGAUCGUUAACUUUAAUGCACCAUGGUGUUACUGGAGUAAUCGUCUGAAACCGUCUUGGGAGAAAGCAGCUACCAUUAUAAAACAGAGAUAUGAUCCUGACACUGAUGGGCGUGUUCUUCUAGGAAGUGUUGAUUGCACAGAAGAACCUGCGCUAUGUAGGAGGAACCAUAUACAAGGCUAUCCAUCUAUUCGGAUUUUCCGCAAAGGCAGUGAACUUAAAGAGGACCAUGGACACCACGAACAUGAAUCUUACUAUGGAGAUCGGGACACAGAGAGUAUCGUUAAGAUGGUGGAUGAACUGGUAGUACCAAUCCACCCGGAGACACACAAGCUAGCUUUGGAUUGGGGUGUAUCCAAUGACACAGCAAAACUUCUUAAAAAGGCACCAGUUACAGGAGGUUGUAGAGUUGAAGGCUAUGUGCGUGUAAAGAAGGUUCCAGGAAACCUCGUUAUCUCAGCUCAUUCAGGAGCUCACUCGUUCGAUUCUUCUCAGAUGAACAUGUCGCAUGUGGUUACCCAUCUUUCAUUUGGGAGGAUGAUUGAUCCUAGGUUGUUAACCGAUAUGAAGCGCUCGUUGCCAUAUCUUGGCCAAAGCCAUGACAGGCUUGAUGAAAAAGCAUUCAUAAACCAACAUGAGUUUGGUGCUAAUGUUACUAUUGAACACUACCUACAAAUAGUUAAAACAGAGGUCAUUACAAGAAGAUACGGUCAAGAACAUUCAUUGAUAGAGGAACAUGAGUACACCGCUCACAGCAGCAUAACUCAGACUUACUACUUACCCGUUGCAAAGUUUCACUUUGAGCUCUCUCCCAUGCAGAUUCUAAUAACUGAAAAUCCAAAGUCGUUAUCGCACUUCAUCACAAAUCUAUGCGCCAUUAUUGGUGGUGUUUUCACGGUUGCGGGAAUAAUAGAUUCGAUUUUCCACAAUACGAUAAGACUGAUUAAGAAGGUUGAGCUUGGGAAAAACAUUUGAUUGGCUACUGGAGGUUAGAGUUUACCAUUAAUUCAUAAAACUAUAGAAGAACCUCGUGUUGUUUAUUUGGAACAGCUGUUCCUACAUAGAAAAACUCAGUAAAGAGAGAAGUUUUGUUUGAGAAUAUCUUAGAUUUUUUAUCCUUAAUAUGCACACAAUUAGAAAUUUUUAUUCACGUA